UUAUAAACGCUCUACUUCUUAAGUACUCCCACUUCUGUUCUGAUCACACUAUUGAUCUUCACUCACUUCUUCCAACUAUAACUCUCUCUCCGGCCAUGUCUACAGCCGAACCACCGUUGUCGGCUACUGGUGUCGGUCUCGGGUACGGCAUUGCCAUUGCCGUAAGCAUUCUCGUCCUGAUCUCCACGAUCAUGUUUGCCUCUUAUGCAUGUGUUAGAGUUAAAGCCAAUGGUCGUAGCGAUACUUAUAGUAAUAAUGGUGGUGAUAACGACGACACGAAUGUCCAUAGGUCAGAUCGCCAAUCCACAGCGAGAACCUCAAUGGUGCCUGUGAUAGUUGUGAUGGGCCUAGAUGGAUCCAUCAUAGAGUCGUACCCGAAGACGGUGCUCGGAGAAAGCCGGAGACUACCCACGCCCAAUCACGGCCCGUGCUCCAUUUGCUUGUCGGACUACCUGCCUAAGGAUACCAUAAGGUGCAUACCCGAUUGCCAUCACUGCUUCCAUGCCAAUUGCAUUGAUGAAUGGCUUCGAAUGAGUGCCACGUGUCCCCUUUGUCGGACCUCUCCUGCUCCAUCGGCAACUCCUAGUCCUACUCCUCUUGCUACUCCUUUGUCUGAGUUGGCCCCAUUGGCCUUCCACACCAGGUGAUUCUGUAUCAUUUUUUAUUUUAUUAAUUUUCAAACUAAUAUAUAUAUAUAUAUAUAUAUAUAUAUAUAAAAAGCAUAGAGAUUUUCUCUCUCUCUCUCUCUUUUUUUAGGAAAGUUUUAGUUAGUUAUUUAUUUAUUUAUUUUCUUCCUCCAUCCUCUCUUUUCAAGUAGUUGAGUAAAUUGGGUGCGUUAAACUCUUAUUUAUAUAUUUACUAUGAAUUUGUACAUUUUCUCGAAAAUAAAAAAUAGCACGAGGUGUGUUCAUAUCCCAAUACCUUGAGAUUGCCAAGCAAGUAUAAUUUUCCUUUUUCCUAUGGGGCCCAUUAAAAUCUUUAUUUAAAUUUUUGUUAUUAGUGUGUAUUUAUUCUCUCUCAAAAGUAAAAGAGAAAAGUAGAUAGACACCUUGGUAGUCGGCACCAUCCAGGGGAAAACUUCUUUUCUUCUUUUUUUAAUUUUUUUAUUGUUGAGUUGUAUUCUUUGGGACCAUAAAUGCAUAUAAGUUCACAUUCAAAGUGAGAUUAAUGAAAAGGAAAAUUCUAGGUGGGAGGGAUUGCCGUAGAUUGCGGUUGGAUUAAUUGGGCCACGGAUUUUCUGCUUCUGGAACCGAUAAUCUUAUUAUCUUU